UCGUUGUGUCGCAUGUCGAACUAAUCGAUCGCUCGUUAUUGUGCCCUUUUCAUCUUUUCUACCACUCCUUUCUUCUUUCUCCCCUUUUUCUUCUUCCUUUUUCUCCCCAGUCUUUUCCCCGAUCUAUUUGGGGAUGCGUCGAACCUAGAAGGUUAUGAGGAGAACAUCUGUCUCGUUGCCUACGAAGCACGUCCAUCACGACCCUCACGAGAAACCUGCGCGUUACGACUCGGGCCACCGAGAACCCGGCAUCGUGGAGAAAUUACAAGCCGCAACGAUGAAUCAGGCCCAGAAGACACGAUGGCUGAAGACCACGGCCAUCGUCGUUUUCCUGGUGUUCCUGUUCUACUACCUUUCGCCGAAGGGAGUGGAGGUUUAUAAGGGUGCAGCGCAUUCUGGCGGUCAAGUACCGUCCGAUUCGUCAUACGGAACCGACAAAUGUACAAAAUCGUAUUCAAAGGACAAACCGAUCGUACAAUAUGUCCUAAUGAUCGACGCUGGUAGCACUGGAUCUCGAAUCCACGUCUACAAAUUCAACAACUGCGGUCCGACCCCAGAAUUAGAAAAGGAAGAGUUUAAGAUGACUGAGAAGAGCGUUGGUGGCUUGAGCAAGUAUAAGGACGACCCUCUCGCCGCCGCGAAGACUCUGGAUGAUCUUAUGGCAGUCGCCAUGACGACCGUUCCCGAUAAGUUGAAGGGUUGCAGUCCUGUUGCUGUGAAGGCAACCGCUGGUUUGCGAAUGAUCGGCCCGGAGGCUAGUGAAAAGAUCUUGGAAGCCGUUCGCAACCACCUCGAGAAGGACUUCCCUUUCCCCGUCGUCUCCAAGGAGGAGAACGGUGUCGCGAUUAUGGAUGGUUCCGACGAAGGCGUUUACGCUUGGAUUACCACCAACUACCUACUUGGCAAGAUUGGUGGUCCCGACCAAAGCCCCACCGCCGCCAUCUUCGAUCUUGGUGGUGGUUCUACGCAGAUCGUUUUUGAGCCUACUUUUAAGGGACUUGCCUCAGGCGGUAUGCCAGAGAAGUUGGCCGAUGGUGACCACAAGUACGAAUUGGCUUUUGGUGGACGCAACUUCGAGCUCUACCAACACUCCCACCUUGGAUACGGUUUAAUGGCGGCUCGAAACUCGAUCCAUCUGAGCUUGCUACACGACAUUUAUGCUAAGGAGAAGGACAAGAGCUUCUUGAAGAAGCCCAUCCUCAACCAUCCUUGCAUUAACUCGGGCCAACAUGAUAUGAUCAAGGUUAAGCUCGGCGACGACAGCCCCUUGGGUACUGGUGAGCUUGAACUUAACGUGACUGGCCCCGCGAACCCAGCGCCGGCUCAAUGCCGUGCUCUCGCUGAGCGCAUCCUAUACAAGGAUGCCGAGUGCAAGCUUGCGCCAUGCUCUUUCAACGGUGUUCACCAGCCAUCUCUAGCUAAGACUUUCGCCAAGGAAGAUGUCUACAUCUUCUCUUUCUUCUACGAUCGUGCCAAGCCUCUUGGUAUGCCUGACUCCUUUACCCUACGCGAGCUACACGAUCUUGCUGCUGCCGUCUGUGGUGGUGAGCCAUCCUGGGAUAUGUUCGCCAACGUACCGGGUGCUUUCGAAGAGCUACGCGACCGUGGCGAGUACUGCCUCGACCUUAACUUCAUGAUCGGCCUGCUACACACCGGAUACGAUAUGCCCAUCGACCGAGAGGUCAAGAUCGCCAAAAAGAUCAAGGGUAAUGAGUUGGGUUGGUGUUUGGGAGCUAGUCUGCCCUUAUUAUCUAAGAACUCCGGCUGGUCCUGCAAAGUCAGCCAGACCUACUAAUCGCACCCAUCCAUUAUUAUACAAUCGAUACCUUCGACAAGAUCGAUGGUGUCUAUUUACACGAGUUAUAGAAAAAUCCUACUUAGAGCAACUUAACUUAAUGAUGAGGAAAACACGGAAACGGUGAUAAUGGAUUACCAAAGCCCAAAGAGGCUGGCGUUUUUCGGAAUUGGAAAUGUUGUAAAAGUACGCAUUG